AUAUUUUACAUUGUGAAGCGCGAGUCGAUCACUACACACUGGAUGUAGGCUACCUGCUGAAGAAACACCUUUCAGUGCGCCCAGGGUGGAAAUGGGACUCUUCAGCUCGCAACUUUUAAUCUAACAGGAGCAUUGUCGCAGAGUCUGGGUUGUUGACAUGGCAGUAGACGCGGCCUCCAGUUUUACCUUCUGCCGCCCUGCGGUGGAGUACAGGGCUCUUCCAGAGGAUUUUAAGUACCAAUUGAGUCGUUGUGCAGGUGGAAACCUUACCUGGCAUGAGGGGCACGGCCGCAAAACAGCGGGUGGUCGAACGGUCAAACUACUGCAGCAGCCUGGAACUGAGGGACUGCAGUUACGUUCAGGUGAAUCGUACUCUGUUUACCACACCAGCCCCACCUUGCCGUGUCUCUCCAGGCCAGUGGUUCUGUGGUCUCAGCAGGACGUGUGCAGAUGGCUGAAGAAGCACUGUCCGCACAACUACUUGACCUACGUAGAAGCCUUUUCCCACCACGCAAUUACAGGUCGUGCUCUUUUGAGACUGAAUGGCGAGAAGUUAGAACGGAUGGGUUUGGUUCAGGAGACUCUGAGACAAGAGCUUCUCCAGCAGGUUCUACAACUACAAGUACAAGAGGAAGGGCGCAACUUACAGCUGCUAAGCAGAGGGCUAUCUGGAAACCUGUCAUAGCUUUAACCAUGCGUGGGGCAGUUCUACCACACUGACUCUGAAGGGACAUCAAUAUUUCUAGUCAGGUUGAGGCCAGAGACAUUUGACUGGAGCUGUCAGGGACUGGAACACGGGGACAGGUUUCAGUUAUACAGCUCAGCCUCCACACCCUCACUAUGCUUAAGAAAAGGAUGUCCACCUCGGAUGACACCUACAAAAGGAGCUUUCAUGUGCACCCUUUGAUUUAUCUAUCCCAAAUCUGCUUUAAAAAUCAUAAAAUGAAGAAGAAAUCUGACAUUUUUGUAUCUGAUGAAGGUGGACCCAGCUGGCUGUACCAAAGCUCCCUGGAUUUUGUAAAAACUCAGAUCUAGAUUAAAGUCUACAAGACGUUCAACAGUAACCUGGAUGUCUGGCAACACUAUCAGAACGUGUAAAAGCCGUGGUAUGAAGACCUUUUGCACAUAGAAAACAAACUAUUUUCUGCUGGAAUGUGACCUUACCAGACGUGCCCUCAAACGUAUCCGUCAAGACUGUGGUGUUGUUUAAGCAAAAUGUACUGAUAGAGUUGCUGGAAUCAAAUCACAUUAUAGAUUAACCUAAAUGAUUCAAACUUGCAUUUGUACUCUGAACUCAACUGGACUUCCUGUGUCUGGCUAUAGGCUGUUCUGGUAUUUGUUUCUUGUAACAAUACAUUUGCUUUUUAACUUAAGAUGAUUCUGUUUCUGGGAACAGAUAAAAUGCGUUCAAACGAGUUCCCCACGUGACAAUGACAACAGCAUUCACACUGAAAUGUUGGCCACAAAAGGCUGUGUAAAUUACAAAGCUCUGUAAGUGUCUGAUAAUUGCAGAUGACAGAUGUAAAGUUAAGGCAAACAGAUGACGUGCUGCAUUGUGUCCUAAAUAGACUCAAGUCUGGACUUGCACGAGAGACCAUUCAGAUAACCCACAUCAAAACAUCAAGAUGAUGCAGUGCGAGAACGUAAAAGCAGUUUGAGACACGCACAACUUGUAAAAGUGUAUUCCUGCAUUAUUUUGUGAAGAGUCUCAUGUAUU